AUCAACCAACUACUCCGCUCCAUGAGGUAAGGUACGGAUAUUGGAUCUUCCUCUCCACAUCCGGUAUGGAGAGGCUGAAUUCCCAUGACUACACAAUGACUAGUUUUUCCUCCUAUGGUAAUUGUAAGCAGUGGAGUCCCGGAUAACCCCUUGUCAUUCACAAUCGAUCCCACUUCUCGUGUCUUUCGAUUUCCAUCCGGCACCAGGAAUCGCAGUGACUUCUCGCUUCAUCCAUGCCCACCCCCGUCAGUCCUGUCCAGCAACAACUAAGGAGCAUGGUACGGACAAAGUCAACACCUUCUUCUUCACAUUGAGAAAAUAUGUAAACCACGAGUAUCACUUGGAACUUCCACACCAAAGAGGGAGAAGCCGUGAGCGCAAAAAGCGGAACACAGAGAAAUCAUCAUUACCCGUCCGAUCCAACGGCUUGGAAAGCAAAAAAGGUGCCAGGGUCCAGAAUACCUUCAUCCCAUCACCCGCAUGAUGUCACCCCGUCCAUCGGUCAUGUCUUAUCCGCCGUCCUUCUCUGCCGCUCCUCUACCUGUUCUUCUCCUAUCCCCGAAAGAGUUGCCCCCUUCCAGAGCGAGCCCCUCCCCCUCGACGCGAGUUAUUAGUGUUGCUAAGUUGGCGUUGCCCACACAAAGGUGCCCCCCGCCCCCGCCAAAGGCAAGGUUCUCUGUUCCAGCCCAGCCGCCCUUUCAGAGUCUCUUGCCCAAAAGCCACCCGUAGACUGCCGC